CCCCCCCCAACCCCCGACAUGCUCUGGGGCUCGGCCCCUCCCGAGUCUACCUGCCAGCAGCCCCUCCUUGCUGAGGACGUGCCCACGGGGGCCUCGUCCCCACCUGCCGCCAGCCCUGUGCCCACCAGGGUCCUCCAGAGAAGCACAGCAGGCGUGUGCACCUGCGACAGGCGCUUAUUCUCAGGAAUAGGCUCGUGGGGCUGGAACUGGGGCGCCGGCCGACGUCCCCUCGAGUCUGGAACUGCAGGCCAGGGACUCAGGCAGCUCCACGUGACCAUCCCCAGAAAAACUCUUGCUGCUCCGUCUUGUUCUCGCGAGGCCUGCGGCUGGCUGGACGCGGCCACCCACGUUGGAGGGACCCUGCUCUGCUCAUUCGUGUUCCGUGGCAGCUACACCUUCACUGCAACGUCCCCACUGGCACCGCGGCCCCCGGAGUGGACAGCAUGGACCCCCCACCGCAUGCCUGCCAGGCCCCCCUCAGACACGGGGCCGUUUUUUGCCAAGCACCACACCGCUGGGUCCCAAGGAACGAAGUCUGGCUUUUAUCAGUUUUCUUUGUUGCCUUCGUCGAGGGAGGAACGUGCAGAAGCCCAGCCGUGGUUUCCUGAACUGUCCGGCCACCCCCUACGUGGUCAGCAAACAUUCAUAGAGCGCGGCAGGUUUUCAGAGAGGCAGAGAUGGUCGAGCACCAGCAGGGCCCAGACGCGGCUGCGCCUGCGCAGCUCCUCCCUCUUUGCAGCCCUGCCCCCCGGUCUGAAUGGGAGCACUUGAUUGGUGGAGCAUGGG